GUGAAAUUAACCCCCGUUUCUCCAAAUUAAUGGUGCCAUUAUAGCUGUAAAUCAACCAUCCACCUAAACACUCCGUCCAGUCCACUGUAAGAAUUGGGAAGAGCGAGACUGGUUUGCGUUCUAAAAUUGUCGGAUUUUUCGCGACUGCCAGGGAACGUCAUGAAGGAUUUAAAAUAGAGGAUAGUCUCUGAGAGUUGUGCAUAUCAAUGAUGAAUGAAGUUCCGACACUAAUUCAUUUAUGCGUAGCCGCCAUCAGGGAUGAACUUCUCCAUGGGUAUAGCCAUGAUGAUAUAUUACCAGUUAUAUAUGAACUUCCGCCAGAGUUGUUUGAUGUUUUGUUGCCGGAAUUGCCUCCGCUGGUUUUGCAGAAAUUACACGAGAACUUGCCCAUUGGAUUCAGGGAUGACUACGAACUUGCUAAUGGUUACUCUGAACACCAUAAAAAACGUAGAAGAUUUGGGAUCGUAGAUUCGGCAUGGAGGGCACUUUACAAGUUGCGCUGGCCUGGUCUUGGGCAGAAGAAUCAGGUUAUGGUUUGUCUGGAUAAACAUGAAGAAGAAAAGUACAGUUCAGUUGUUGAUUGGCAGCAAAUAUAUUGGGAGGCCCAUUUGCAAAACCAGUUGCGUGGAUGCCAUAACAGAGACAGCAUUUCUUCCAUCUUAUGGCGGUUGUAUUGGUGAAAUACAAAUUCCAGGUUAGAUAUACCUUGAUUUUGUCAGUCAUGUGUGUCUCUCAACCCCAAGUGACCACCUUUAGGUGGAAAACUGGAAGAAGUUGUAUGUUGGUUUAUUUGAUCUUUAAACGAAAAAAUUGAUGUGGAAAUUACAUAGAAACCUACUUUUAAAGAUCCCAUUUCAUAAAUCAUAUGUUGGGUUUACUAUUUCAAAAAUAAGAUAUUUUGUUAAUUAAUUAAUAUAUAUAAAAAUUAAUUAAUCUACCCUAUUUCACUCCAAACCUUAAUUCAUUUUCUCUCAUCCUACUCCAUUCACU